AUUUGGCAGAAGCGCCAUAAAGCGAAGCUGCUGUAAAGGUCUGGCCGAGCCCCCACUCCGUUAAACGGCUCUUUCGUGCAGCCUGUGGCUUAGCUCACAAGCUGGCGCCCACCGUUUUCUGGACGUAUCGUCGCUAUUAUGCAAAUCAGAAGGAGAGCCAUGGAAGCGUUCCUGUCCCCUAAAGACUCUGCCAAGUUCAUAGCCGAGAACAGCCAAGACGUGCUCGUUGAAGAAGAGGGAGUGAGGAAAGUUGCAGAGGCUCUGUUUGACAAAGUCUCAGCAAAAGAGUUCAGUUUGGCUGGCUGGAAAUCUCUUCACGAACUGAACCCUCAAGCAGUGAGUGAUGAUGCAGUGAAUUGGGUGUUUCUUGCAGAUACCCUUAACUUUUCCUUUUGGUCCGAACAUGAAGACCGUAAGUGUUUGGUGAAGUACAGAGGCAAGAUGUACAGUGGUUACUGGUCUCUUUGUGCUGCAAUCAACAGAGCACUUGAUGAUGGAAUACCUAUUACCAGUGCCGCAUAUUACGCCACUAUGACACUUGAGCAGGUUAGACAUGUAUUUCGCUCUGACACAGAUGUCCCCAUGCCUUUGAUUGAAGAGAGACAUCGUAUUCUGAAUGAAACGGGGACAAUUCUGCUUGAGAAGUUUGGAGGCUCUUUCGUCACCUGUGUUAAAAUGAGUGAGAAAAGUGCUCAGAAACUACUGCGUAUAGUAGUAGAAAAUUUUCCUUCUUACAGAGAUGAGGCUACAUUUAAGGGUAAAAAGGUGUCUUUUUAUAAACGGGCACAAAUACUAGUGGCUGAUACUUGGAGCGCAUUGGAAGGGAAAGGAGAUGGCUGCUUCGGUGACAUUUCUAGUCUGACUAUAUUUGCUGACUAUAGGAUCCCUCAAGUCCUUGUUCACCUGGGAGCAAUGAGAUAUUCUGAUGAACUGAUGAGGAAACUCCAUGAAGGAAUAAUGUUCCAGUCUGGAGAUAAACAAGAAGUGGAGAUCCGAGGUUGUUCUAUUUGGUGUUGUGGAUUGAUUUGUGAUCGCCUGCUGGAACUUUAUAAGAAGAAGGGACAAAACAUGAGUGAAAGAAUCAAUGCAGUUCUUCUUGAUUAUUAUCUAUGGGACUAUGCCCGGGAUCACAGGGAAGAUAUGAAAGAAAUUCCAAUUCAUCGUGUACGUUGCAUAUACUACUAACACCAAUUUUAUAGAUCUCUCACUGAUGCAGCAUGCAGAUUUGUUAUCUAUUCUCUGAUGUAUUAACACUUUGUCCAUCACUGCAGUUGUGUAUUAGUACUCCAUAGAGUUCACAUUCAGGGAAGGCCUAUUUUUUUGUAUUCAAUAAAUAAUUAUGCUUGAAAUAAAACUAAGACAUCUGGAUUUAUGUAAUCAAACUUUAUUAAAGUUUAAUCACUUGA